GACAGAGUUGUGGUCCGUUCGUUGACACAAAAGCAUGCCCGAAAACUCGGUAGUCCGGUUUGAGAAAACCUGUUUAGGAUGGAUUUUCCCCUGACCCGGUCUGUUGGGGACGUGCCGUCUUCCCUCGUGGCUCCCUCCCCUCACGCUCUCCUCCGACGGCGAACAUUUCCGGCGACUUCUCUUUCGUUCGACGGCUAGCAUCUCCAGUAAACUCUGUUUUCCCUUUUUGUGGGGAUCUUACAGUUUGAAUCCAUUAUUCGGUUCAAUAAACAGGUUUUCCCUUUUUGUGGGGAUCUUACAGUUUGAAUCCAUUAUUCGGUGCCAAUCUCAUGAAGGAACGAUAAGCAAAAGGACAAGGAUUUUCUCUUCGCGAUGAAGGAACUGGACUAAUCAUGUUUUCGGAAGCAGAAAAACUCACACUAACUCGGAGAGAAAAAAAUGGAUAGAAUAACUUGUACAAGAGUUGAAUGAUUUCGUAGAACGGAGAUACAAGAUGCUGUUUUGCUCAUAUAACCGUUUCUAAAAGUAUUUCAUCGGACGAGUAUGGGAUAGUUGUGAUCGUUCAGUAAACCACAAGCAUAGCCGCAUGUUAUGGUAUUGCACAAGCAGCACUAGGAACAAGUUCCUAUAUGGUAUCCGCACAUUUGGUAAGAAAAUGGAGUCUGGAAUUCCAGGCGAAACACCUCUUCCGUCGACUCUCCGGCUCUCUCUGGUCUCUUCGGCACUCACAGCAUCAACAUGCCAUGCCAGCUGAGGGAAGGAAAGGGGGAGGUUGAUAGCUGACAGAUACACUUAAGAGAGGGUGAGAAAUGGAUAGUGCCAUGUUGCAACUAAAAAAGAAGGUUGUCCAUGGUCACAAAGUCAUCAGUUCUAGGUAUUUACAAGCUGCUUCUCUAGUGAAUGUUAGAAUGAAAUGGGUCAAGGACAAAGAGUUGGAUGAUGUGGUGGCCAGGGAGAAGGACCUGAAAGCUGUGUGCCAUCUCAAGGAUAGGAUCUGUGGGAGCUCCAAGAGUUGCCUACCCAUCUGGGAACUGUCGCGUCGGCGCAGGCAGAUGGGCUUGGAUGUUAGAGUCUCCAGUUUUAUGAGAAGGUAUCCUACUAUUUUCGAGGAGUUUACAAUAGGUAAUGCCAGUGGUUCUGUUCCUUGGUUCAGGUUGACAGAAGAAGCUGUCCUUCUCCAUCAAGAAGAGUGUCGAUACCUACACGAACAAGGUCCUCAACUGGUGGAGUCCCUCUGCAAGCUAUUGAUGCUCAGUAAGGGUAUGACAUUGCCCCUACAGACUAUUGAACAGUUGAGAUGGGACAUGGGAUUGGAAGACAAAGAUUAUGCGCAUUGCUACCCCCACCUCUUCGAAAGAGUUUGUCUUGAAGACGGGCGUGAAGCCCUGAAGCUGCUCUGCUGGGAUGAUCACCUUGCAGUGCCUGCCCUAAUCAAAUCAUCUUCCUCUUCUUUGACUGGAGAGAUAUGUUCUACUGCAUCAGCAGCAUUAUCCUUCCCAGUGAAGUUCACCCGUGGUUUUGGGCUCAAGAAGAAAUGCAUGUCAUGGCUGAGAGAAUGGCAGACUCUCCCAUACAGUUCCCCUUAUGCAGAUCCUUCUCAUCUGGAUCGUCGGACUGAUGUUUCUGAGAAGAGGAUUGUGGGUGUCUUCCAUGAGCUUCUUCACCUCACCAUCCAAGGAAAGACUGAGAGAAGGAAUCUAAGCAACUUACGUGCACCACUGCAGCUGCCUCAGAAGUUCACCAAGGUUUUCGGUCGUCACCCUGGCAUCUUCUACAUUUCUCGAAAGGGGGGUAUUGAAACAGUCAUCCUCAGAGAAGCCUAUGAUGGGUUUAACCUGGUGCAUAAGCAUCCUCUCGCAGAGCUGAGGAACAAGUAUGCACAGUUGAUGAGGCUUGGAUUCCUCAAUAGGAGCAGAGGGCUGUAUAAGAAAGAUGUUGAAAUCAAAACUGAGAAGUUGGAAUCACCUCAAGAGUAUCUUGUCUGAAUCCAUUCUGGACUGCUUCUUUUGUUUGCUAACAAAUGCAUCUGCUGAACUUCACAUAUUCUGAAGCUUUGUGUGCAGCUGUUCACCACUCAGAAGCAUCAUCACUUCAUGAUGUUACAGAACUACAGAUAUGCUUGCGUUACUGUGUAAUGUAAGAAAGGUGAUGGAGCCUUGCGGAGUCUUCCAUACACUUCCUCUCCUCAUCAAGCUUGCAAUUUUUUGCUCAGUCAAGCAAACCUUUCCUCUAUCCAAGGGCAGAUAGAAACCGACACAUUUGAUCUGCUUCGUUGCUACUUUGCAGCUAAUUUGAUGAUACCUCUAUGAAGCCAUGCAGAAGUACAGAGACCUGUUCAGCACAAAAGCACAAUAAUGUCCAAUGGAGAUUUGCUGUAACAUAAUGCUGCUGAAAGGUUUGGAUCUUGUACAGUGCAAGAGACAAACCCCAUGCUAUGCAGAAUGAAAGCAAAACAGGGAGUUUUGUUAAGUAAAAUCAUUUUAGAUUGCUAAAUCAUCUGGGGUACGUGUGUCAUGCGUAUGUUGAUGGGUUGACAGCCUCAAUUUGUUAGAGCAAGCUUGUAUUCAAGUUGAGUGGUAAAUCAGUUCAGUGGCCCUCCAUUUGUUCUUUUGGUUCUCUCAUGAUAUGAUGACCUUGGGGAAGAAAUUAUUGAAGCUAAACUGUUUAUAUUAGUUACCUAUUUAACUGCC